GAUAGGGUGUGAACGUCAUACACACACUUUUUCUCUGAAGUUCAUUUUGCACACAAAAGCAAGGUUCCUGAUAUGGCUUGAUACCGCAUGCACAUGCCAUGAAUAGAGACUUUUGGUCUUUCUGGGCCCGGGCCUCAGACGUCCUGGCUUCGGUGCUGUCCUUGCUUCUUUUCUUCUGGAAUGUGGCGGCAAACAUGUGGGCAGUGGUAUCCUUCUACCAGGAGCAGAGAUACUUUUCCAUGGGAUUGUUCAUAUUUUUAAUACUCAGUUCCUCCAUGCUGCUGCAGACCUUCAGUUGGCUCUGGUACAUGGAACCGUCUGACAAAAUGGACAGCAAAGAAGAGAGGUUUAUCGAUCUGGUGCAUGUCUUACAGCUUGGAGUCUUCCUCAGGUGUUGCCGUAUGCUGAAACUCUCGGUCAAAAUCUUUGAACAGAAGAGCGCUUUCUCGAGCAGCAGCAGCGCCGACAUUCUGAGUUACGACCUCAGCACUCUGGGUCUGUUCAAGGCGUUCUCUGAAAGUGCUCCACAGAUCGUACUGAUGAUAACAAACAUCAUCCAAGUGCAGGACUUUCAGCUCUUUACAGUCAUCAAAAUCAUCAGCUCUCUUUCCUCCCUCUCCUACACCGUGUUGUCCUACCAUCGCAGCAUGUGUACCUUCCUCACAGACAAAGAAAUGAUGGGAUGGUCUUCAUCGGUCCUCUACUUCCUGUGGAACUUGUUCCUGAUCGGCCCUCGUGUUUUAUGCGUGUCUCUCUUCGCCUCGGCCCUGCCCUGCUACUUCGCCGCUCACUUCCUGUCCCUGUGGAUGCUGCUGAUCCUCUGGGCCUGGUGGCAGAAGACAGACUUCAUGGACAGUAAAGCUGGAGAAUGGCUGUACCGGGCCACCGUAGGCCUCAUCUGGUACUUCAUCUGGUUUAAUGUCACGAGUAAAAAAAAUAACGUGGCAACCAGACAGACUAGACGCAAAACAAUCAUCUAUCACGUGGUCAUGGGGUCAGACACCAUGCUGCUGUUAGGAUUAUGGUGGUGGUGGAGAUCUGUGGAAUCGGCUCGUCUCGAUCCACUACCUAUUAACCCCUACCUGCUUAUCGCCGUGUUAGUGACCAUCUACAUUACAGGAAUCUUACUGAGACUGCUUUAUUACUGGAAAUUCCAUCCCAAACAAACAGAUUUACAGAUGGACGAGAAAGAUGAGAUGAAACCACAGGAACAAUGUCAUGACACGGUGGACUCAAGAGCGAACCCUGAAACCGAACCCGAAUCGGUCAUCAUAGUUUUAUCCCAGAGUCAAAAAACCCUAACUGGCAUCCAGAAGAGGAUGAGGAACAUGGCUGAGAAUUUCUACUGCUAGAGAAAUCUGAGUGAGAAAUGAUAUGACUGUAAGCAUGAUGUAGAUGGAGCUCCUGAGCGGCUGCUUCACAGCUCCAGGGUCCUGAGCUUGGGUUCCUGAGUCCAUGAGAGUUUCCUCAGACUUUACUGGUUUUAUCUCAUCCACCAGAAACUGGCAGUUUCCAGGAAGAGCGUGGAAGUGAAGCAGCAGGUCAUUACACACACAUGAUACCUUAAGAGCCUCACGUCAUAAGCCUCAUGCCUGUCAGCUCUGACCACAGAGCCACCGAGAGCUCAGAUGAUUUCCUUUUUCUUUUCUUUUUUGGUCAAAAUAUGGAACGAUGUUAAUAGUUAUAAUAAAAUAUUU